UCCACUGAGAAUGUCCUCUGUCAACACUACUGAUCAUCCAUCCCUCAAAAUUUUUUAAAUGGCUGAAUGAGUUCGCCGAGAUUUGUCCCCUUCUACAACAAAUGGCAGUUUAAGUAGCUCAAGAAAGAAUUGCGAGUCGUUUUGGAAUUCUGGGUCAUCUUUGUGUUUGAGGGAAAUUUGUUGCAAGGGGGACUGAUCCGUAGGCACUUGGGCGCAGGUGUAAUACUAAGCAGUCGCCAAGGGACAAGACACAGUUGAGAUCAUGGCAUUGGGAAAAUAUUCUAGAGUUAAUGGUAGGAAAACAUCGUUGGGCUAUUGUUGGACUGUGAGCAUUGUGGUGUUUCUAGCCCUUUGCAUAGUAGGAAUUUGGAUGAUGACAUCGUCGUCUUUUGUCCCGGGUCAGAAUCCAGAUAUUGUGCAGGAGAACAAAAAUGAGGUUCCAGAACAAGUUGAGAAGAGCAAUGAUCUUAGUAGUAAUGAGAGCAGUGAUGGAGCUGAUGAUGGAAACAAGAAGCAGUUUGAGGAUAACCAAGGUGAUUUACCAGAGGAUGCCACCAAAGGGGACACUGAUAUGGACUCGAAUCAGGAGGGAAACAAUGAUAAGACUGAAGAUUCAGAAAAGUCAGAGGACAAACCUUCCGAGAAGUCUGAGGAUGAAAAAAAAGAUGAAGCAAAGGGGGAGGAGAAGAAUGGAGAAUCUGAGGCUGCAAAUGACUCCGAACCUGGAGAAACCAAUGAAAAGAACCCUGAUCGAAGUGAGGAAAAAUCUAAUGAAAGUUUAGGUGAUAAAGACAAAACAAAGAAAGAUGGAGAAUCAGAUCUCGAUUCCUCUAAGACAAAGGACAAUUCCAGUGAAGUAUUUCCUUCUGGAGCUCAAACAGAACUUUUGAAUGAACCCACAACUCAAAAUGGAGCAUUCAAGACUCAAGCAAAAGAGUCUGAGGAAGAAAAUGAAUCCCAAAAGUCUUCCGAGUUAGAGAAACAAAAGGGUUUUAGUUGGAAGCUUUGCAACACUAGUGCUGGACCGGAUUACAUUCCCUGUCUUGACAACUGGGCAGUGAUACAUAAACUUCCUUCUACCAAGCACUAUGAGCAUAGGGAGAGGCACUGCCCAGUCAAUCCUCCAACUUGCCUUGUUCCACUGCCUGAUGGUUAUCGACGACCAAUGAAAUGGCCGACAAGCCGAGAAAAGAUUUGGUACAGUAAUGUUCCCCACACUAAGCUAGCAAAAGUUAAAGGACACCAAAAUUGGGUUAAAGUUAGCGGCGAGUAUCUUAUCUUCCCUGGUGGUGGCACACAAUUUAAGAAUGGUGCUCUUCAUUACAUUGAUGUUAUUCAACAGUCCGUGCCUCAAAUCGCAUGGGGGAACCGAUCUCGAGUUGUUUUGGAUGUUGGUUGUGGGGUUGCUAGCUUUGGGGGCUUUCUCUUUGACAGAGAUGUACUGACUAUGUCAUUAGCACCGAAAGAUGAACAUGAAGCUCAAGUCCAAUUUGCACUUGAAAGAGGAAUUCCAGCUAUAUCUGCUGUCAUGGGUACAAAGAGACUUCCUUAUCCCGGUAGAGUUUUUGAUAUUGUUCAUUGCGCUCGUUGUCGGGUGCCUUGGCAUAUUGAAGGUGGCAAACUACUUUUAGAGCUUAACCGUUUAUUAAGGCCCGGCGGCUUCUUCAUUUGGUCGGCAACUCCCAUAUAUCAGAAACUUCCUCAAGAUGUCGAGAUUUGGGAAGCCAUGGACACACUGACAAAAACAAUGUGCUGGGAAGUUGUUUCGAUUACCAAUGACUCAGUCAAUGGUGUAGGCAUUGCCAUAUAUAAAAAACCCACCUCAAACAAUUGCUAUGAACAAAGACCCCGGAAUGAUCCUCCACUGUGUCCUAAUUCUGAUGAUCCGAAUGCUGCCUGGAAUGUAGCUUUACAAGCAUGCCUGCACAAAAUGCCUAUUUCUGCUACUGAGCGUGGGACUCAAUGGCCAGAGCAGUGGCCUGCCCGGGUGGACAAAGUACCUUACUGGUUGUUGAGUUCCCAAGUUGGAGCCUAUGGAAAACCGGCACCAGAAGAUUUUGCGGCUGAUAACAAACAUUGGAAGCGUGUAGUGAGCAAGUCAUAUAUGGAUGAACUGGGAAUAAAUUGGUCCACUGUGCGGAAUGUCAUGGACAUGCGAGCUGUUUAUGGAGGUUUUGCUGCUGCUCUGAGAGAACUAAACUUGUGGGUUCUGAACAUUGUAUCAAUAGAUGAUCCCGAUACACUGCCAAUAAUAUACGAGCGUGGUCUGUUUGGCAUUUACCACGAUUGGUGUGAAUCAUUCAGCACGUACCCAAGAACCUACGAUCUCCUCCAUGCAGAUCAUCUGUUUUCUAUGAUAAAAAAGAAGUGCAAUUUCUUAGCUUUGGUAGCAGAGGCAGAUCGAAUAUUGAGACCAGAAGGAAAAAUAAUAGUCCGGGACACAGCUGAGACCAUCACUGAACUUGAGAAAGUAUUCAAGUCUCUACACUGGGACAUUCUGAUGACCUACUCCAAGGACAAGGAAGGCCUGUUGUGUGCCCAGAAAACGACAUGGCGUCCCAAAGAAGAAGAGACUGUCACAUUCGCCAUUGCUUAAAUCAUUGACAUGAUGCGCGGGCAAGGCAGUCGGUGGACUGCAUUGGAACUGGAAAGUCAGUAUACACACUUGGAUACAAAUGGUGUUCUUGAUGCUAUACGGAUUCUUAUACACAGCCAGGUAUUCUUGGCAAAGCUUUUAUUGAGUUUUUUCAGCAUAGUGUUACUAACCGGAAGGCAAAAACAAAGUAAAGAAAAUAUAUAUAUAUAUAUAUUAAAUGGCUUGAAACCAUUUCAUAGAUUUGUUUACAGAGUUGUGAGCUUGAAUUGAUU